UUGGACCCGGGGGAAGUUUAGACUCCUGCAGCCAGGGGUGGGGCCCUAAAGCCUAGCGGUACGCGACUGCAGACAGGGCAAGAUGAAUAACCCUUGGCUGAGAGCACGUACUGAGAGGUCAGCCCGUGCCAAGUUAUGAGACCAUGAUAACUGGAAUCACAACAUUUAGGGUCCUUCCUGUGGGCUGGGCAGGGGCAAGGGGGCCGAGCCUAGCGGGGAUAAAAGGACAGCGGCAAACCCUGGUCUCCUUUUCCCCUUCUAAGUGGGCAGUUUACUCCGCGAGGUGAGGGGGAGGAAGCAGACAGCAUCCCAGCAGUGGCCAAGGAGACAGCCUAAGAGUGGCCAAGCGGACUUGCCAAGGGAAGAGAGGAAACAGACAAAUAUCCCCAAGUCCACCCUGCAGGAACUGGUAGCGCAUCCAUUUCAGAUCAGGGUCAAGAAGAAAGGGGAGGAGAGUCAGGGUGGGAACUAGAGAGUAAAAAGUGAACUAGCGAGACUCCUAUCCCCGCCGGGGUUUUGAGUCUACUGUGGGCUCGUGCUUGGUUAGGGCGGUGGUGAGCUCUUUUAGGGGCACCGAGGGGCUCGGGGUGAAAAGCGAGCAUGGCUGUAGCGGGGUGUGUGCAGCUGGCCGCCUGCAGCGAGGUAGAGGAAGGCUCCCAGCCGACCCGGCCCAGCUUGACCUCCAUCUCCUCUGGGGAGCUGCGAAGCCUGUGGACCUGUGAUUGCGAGCUGGCCCUAUUGCCCCUGCAGCAGCUCCUGCAUAUGCAGCCGGGUUUCUUCCAGCUGCUGGGAGACCAGCUCCUAGUCCUGGGGCCUAGGACACGAGGGGGCUUCAACGUCUUCUGCGACGGCUUCGUGCGCCUGGACGGGCAGCUCUACAGAGUCAGCAACUACAUAAAGAGGUAUGUGGAACUGACCAACUAUUGUGAUUAUAAAGACUAUCGGGAAACUAUACUAAGCAGACCAAUGCUGUUCUUUAUUCUCGUCCGAACAGAAGGAGAUACUUCAAAAGAAAAAACAUAUGCAUUUCUUGUGAAUACACGACACCCCAAGAUCAGAAGACAGAUUGAGCAUGGGAUGGAUACAGUCAUUUCCUCAGUGAUUGGAGAAAGCUACAGACUUCAGUUUAAUUUUCAAGAUGUGGUCAAGAAAUUUUUUCCUCCAGGAAAUGAAGUGGUUAAUGGAGGAGACUUGAAUUUUGUGUAUGAAUUCAAAGCUGAUGCUUUGUUUGAUUUCUUCUACUGGUUUGGCCUCAGCAAUUCCACAGUUAAUGUUAAUGGAAAAAUCCUGAAUUUGUCUAGUACCAGCCCAGAAAAGAAGGAGACAAUAAAAUUAUUUCUGGAAAAGAUGAGUGAACCUCUCAUCAGAAGAAGCAGUUUCUCAGAUAGGAAAUUCAGUGUUACUUCCAGAGGCUCAAUAGAUGAUGUUUUUACCUGCAAUCUGUCACCAAGAUCAUCUUUGAUGGAGCCUCUUCUAGCAGAAUUUCCUAUUUCUGCAGUUCUGGAAGCCGAAGAGAGACCUAACAAAUUUAUCCGAUUUGUGUAAAAUUCUCAGAGUUUGUUUUCAGACUGAAAAGCACAAACCUGAACUUUGUGAUCAUCAAUGGGGGAUGGUGACAAGAGAGGACCUUUCCCUCUUUUUUAUACUCUUUCUCUCCUUAAGAGGAGACAGUCCCUCUUCAUCCACCAUCAUUAGACCCUCAGAGAGGGGCUUAAAAAAAUUUUUUUUUCUAUGAGAUGUGAUAAGCUAGCAGCUUGAACAGCCAAAACAUUUAUGGACAUGCUCACCAGGCCUGAGGGCAUUCUUCUGCUUUUGGCAAUCACAGCCUGCUUUCUCUACCUUGUGGCUGGACAACCUGGAACAUUUUCUAACUUGUUUUGUGGAAAUCAUCAAAGUGAGGGACAUUAUCACCGUGCUAGAAAGAAGAUCAGAGAGACAUUCCUAUUCUAAUCCCAACCUGGCAGGUUUAUGGUAACCACAGUGGUGACUGGUGCUCUGGUCUUAUAAACCCAGGAGUGUGAUAAGCUUUUUAGCACCAAGAAAUUAGAAUUUGAUUUUUGUGUUGCUCAUGUAAAAUAUCCAGCUGAUAUUCCAAAUCUGAAGGGUUAGUUUGAUGUAGAAGGUAACUGUAUCCUAUCUGAAAUGUGAACUUCUCAGAUCUUCCCAGGUUCAAAAUGACCUGGGUAGCCUGGGAGGUAGUAUAGUAAAAAGAGAGGAAUGUUUUAUUUGGAAUAAAAAAGCCUGGGUUCAAAUUCUUACUACUUAUGUUGUGAACUUACCUGGACCUCAAUUUCCUCAUCUGUAAAGUGAGGAAGUUGGAUUAGGUGAUUUUGAAGAAUCCUUCCAGCUUGAAAUGAAUGAUCUUGAAAUCCUACAAAAUUGGGUGAGAUCCAAUACUGCAAUCAAUACUUUAAUUCCCUCCUUCAUUCACAACAGUUCAUAAUAGUUAUUCUUGUACUUUGAAAGAGCUUGUAGCAAUCUGAAAUGGUAUAUAUUGAAUGGAACAAAGUUAUCAUUACCACAAUGCUUUUUUUUUUUAAAUAGCCCUUCCCCAUAAUUCUGCAUUUCCUAGCUACCCUGGAAUUUCAAAGAGUUAAGAUCAAUCCAAUCCAAUCGAAUAAACAUUUAUUCAGCACCUACUAUGUACCAAGUAUUGUACAAAGCCCUGGGGUAACAAUGAGAAGGGGAAAAAAAAGACAGUCCCUGUCCUCAAGGAACUUAAAAUCUAAAGAGGGAGCCAACCGGGAGGUAGGAAGGUUGGGGUAUGAGAUGGACCCAUUGGACCCCAUAUUGUUUCAUAGAGCUGAAAGUAGGUAGGGCAGUAGAUGCCAAUUAGAGUGAGCUGAGAGUCCAGUUUCUCUUUCUGUAGAGGAAGAUGGUAAGAGAAGUUUGGCACUCAAUCCUCUAGCCCUCUAAUCAGAGAAAGAUGAGGGAAGCGUGUUAAUCAAGUCUUGAGUUAGUGGCAUGGUGAUGAGAUUAGAAGUGAUGAGUAUAUCCUGGGAGGGCUUGAAACCAUGCAAAGCAAAGGAUGCAACCAUCCUAAAAAUAAAAAAAAAAACCCAACCAAUCAAUCAGUUACAUACGUUAUUGUUAAUGAAGUUCAUAAUGAAGAACACUUGUGAUCAGAGAAUAAUUUUGUUUUAAAAUUUUUCCAUAACCCAUUGGCUUUCUUUGCCAAGUUGGACACUCUGGAUAACAUUAAUGGCAGUUUUUUUUUCCAUUGGUACUUUAAAUGCACUCAUCCUCAUUCAAUUAAAUGAUUUUUCUUAGUACUUAAUAUGAUAAUCAUUAAAUCGGUUGCCUUUCUUCCCACUGUGGAUUGAUAAUUCAGCAAAUAUCUACUUGACAGCCUGCUGUGGGCAAGUCAGUGUGUUGUGGUGAGUGACUUGGUCAAACUAUGAGUUUCUUGAACAGUUGGGGACCCCUUUUGACUUGAUGGGAAAUUGAACAACCAGGAGAAACAUUUGUUGGGAUGCGAUUAGGAGAUAGAAGCAAAAUAAAUACAGAGCUCCAUGACAAUGAGUCUUUAGGGGAAACUGAAAGAAAAUGGUAUAUAAUAACCAACGGGGAUAAUUGCUCUUCACAGAAUUCUAAUGGAGUUCUUUGCUUGCAUUUAUGUGCUGAAGUUUGAACUCCUGAGUACUUGAGAAAAAAACAGAAGUUUCUACUUAAUUCAACAAGCAUUUAUUAAGAACAUACUACAACGUGUUGGGCACUCUUUUAGACACUGGAGAUACAAAGACAUAAAUGAAAAUUCCUGCCUCAAGAAGCUUAUGUUCUACUGUAUUGAGCAAAAUAUAAUCUAAAUGAGUUAUGUUUACAUACAUAUUUGUCCAGUUUUCCAAUUAUUAAAUCUUUUGUCUUCAAUAAAAGGAUCACCUUUCAGAAAUUUAAAGAAAAGUAGAAAAAAAGAGUGGGGAGAUAAAAAAAAUUAAAGGUGAAAAGAUCUUUAUUUUACAAUGAAAGUGAAAAAGCCUUAUAUGCCAGGCAACUUCAUAAGUAUUAUCUCAUUUUAUUCUUACAAAAACCCUGUGAAACAACUACUAUUAUUAUUCUUAUUUUACAUUUGAAGAGUCUGAGGCAGACAGAGGUUUAAUGACUUGCCCAGAGUCACAUAGCUAAUAAGGGCCCAAAGACAGAUUUAAUAUUAGGUCUUUCUGACUUCUUUUCCUGAACUCUACCCACUGCCUGCAUAUAGAAAAGGAAUGAAGGCCCAGAGAGGUUAUAUCACUUGUCCCAAGUCAUAAAGGAAGUGGCAGAGGUAUAAUUUGAACUCAGGUGCCAUGACUCCAACCCAGUUCUCUUUCCAUUAUAUCACACCACAUGAAUUGACUUAAGAUUUGUAGAUUGUAGCUCAUAGAUUGGUUAAACAAUGACAAAAAAGUGUCAAUUAAUAGAAAAUAUUUUGCUCCAAAUGAGUAACGAAAAUUACAAAAAUGAAAAUGAGAGUAUGAAAACCAAAGGAAAAUGCCUAAGUAAUGAGAAUUAUAUUGAUUAGCCAACUGAGCAAAAGAAUUGCCCCCAGUAAUGAAUUAGGUUACCUGGUAGACCUCUUUUUAUCAAGUUAUUUUUUCUCUCCCAAAUGAUCUGAGCCAAUACCUGCAAUACUUCCUCCAUUCUACCUCUAAACAAAACUUUUCCAAGAAAUAAAACCAAUAAAUUAUAACAAAAAUUAGACAUCUUCUGGAUUUUCCUUGGCCCCCAUUAUUAGUAAGCUUUGUUCAAAGGACAAAUAGGGAAUAGUACAUUAAUGAUUCCAGUUCACUAAAUGACCAAGAAGCAGCUAGGUGACUUAGUGGAUGGAGUGCUGUGUCUGUAGUAGGAAGAUUCAUCUUCCCUAGUUCAAAUCUAGGCUCAGAUACUUACUAGCUGUAGGACCCUGGGCAAGUCACUUAACUUUCCCCCUCAGUUUUCUCACCUAUAAAAUGAACUGGAUAAGGAAAUGGCAAUCUACUUCAGUAAUUUUGCCAAGAAAAUCCCAAACACAAAGAGUUGGACAUGACUAAGGCUAACCAAUAAAACAACAAUAGAUCAACAGUGACCCAAGUGGUUCCUUAGUCUCAAAAAUCUGUAAUACAUGGGGCCUGGCACAAUGUAUCAUUCACCUUCCAAAAUACAUUUAAAUCACUUUUACCAAGGUCAUUAGAUGCUAUGGGACUAGACUGAUAAGUUUGGAUGGCCCACUUUUUUCUGUGUCUUUACCAACCAUAUAGUAUUUGACUGUUACUGAAUUCAGUAACCAAUUUGUUCAUUUUUGAAUGUAUAUUGUAUCUUGUGUACUACUUAUGAUUAAAUAAUGAAAUAACAUUCCA